UUUAACAAAGGAAACAAACGGCAGGGGGUGGAAUCGAUGCUAAUGGUUUCGACAAACGGCAUACGAUCAUUUAACGAAACAGGAAGGGCGAUCUAUAUCCCUUGUUUCUGUCCUCCCCGGUACGAUCGAUGCGAUAAGGGCGAGCUUCCUCGAGCUGUUAGACACGCGUACCUAAUAUCGCGCUUCGAGUCUGCCAAACUGGUUCAAGGUCACUGAUUUACGUCAGAAAUGCCGAACCAGAGGAAUUCAAACGUGCAUACCGAUAAAAUCCUUAAUUGAUCCUUAGCAUCAGUUUCUUGCCACGUGUGUCGUUUUGUGGUUAAUAUGAUUAUGAGCGAACCACUUGGAACAUCAUGGGGAAAGGGAUGGGGGUUCACAUGUAGCCUCUGUAAAUCACAAAUUUGUGGUUGAAAGGUUUGUACUUAGAGAUUUUGUAACAUUCGGAGCUCUUUUUAUCGGAGAUUCUUUUUCUUCAGCGGAUGACUGUUGGAAAUAAUGGAAGUGCUAGUUUAAUUAACAACUAGAUAUUUUGGAAACAAUCGAAUCAUUGAUAGGUAUAAUUACAACAAUUUUUUUGGAAUUAAUGUACCAUAUCGUGAUAUUAUUUUGUCUUUCAAAGUUGUAGCUCUCCGUUUGUACGACUCUGUUUCAACGAUUUUGAAUUUAUGGAAGUUACAGUAUUAUUAUGAGUCACGCGUGACUUUAUGCAUUUGAUAUGCAAGAAAGUGUAUUUUUUUGAAGUAUCAAGAAUGGUAUUUCGAUCACGAAAGUAUUAUUUACUCGUGUGCUUUCUUGUUUUCCGUAUCGCGUCAUAGCUUUAAUUUAGAGAGUUAAUGCUGGCAUCGCGUGUCUAGCCGUGAUCGACAGCUGCUACUGCGUCGCUGAAUUAACAGUGACUGCGUACAAAUGGGCAUUCCGAAUGGGAAUCCAUUAAACAAAGAUAUAUUUCUGUUCAUAGGAACAAAGAUAUGUUUUUGCUCGUAGAUACAAAGAUGCAUUUCUGCUUCGUUUUCUCCUUUGUUUUUCUUUCAAGCGUUUGAAAUCACGAAUAGACAUUUUGUUUCCUAUUUAUGUGGAAAAAAUAUGAAAGAAUUCUUUCUGUCCUAUGAUGAUAUCCGUAUGAUACUGUUUAAAAAAAGGCUAAUUAAUUAACCCCUUUCGUUUGUAUUAUUUCGAGUCUAUGCUAAAAUUAAACAUGUACAUUAUUAUAGUUAGUCAAUUAUAGGUACAUAUAUGUUAUGGUAGCUGUCAAAAGUUCCUAGCCAAAAGUGAUACUUCUAUUUCGAUUUAAUUCAUAUAUUAACAAAAUUCUCCUUAUAAGAAGUUUAACAACAUAGUAUGUAUCAUAAUUUUAUUUACUUCAACUAGUAUAUAUUACGUUAACGUAAUAGACGUCUUUUCCCGGGAAUAUUCUAAGACUAUACUACAGCCAGAAACUUUCCAACAGCCAUUACAUCACGUGUAUAAAAUUCCUAAAGUGCACGUGCACCCAUACUCUCCCUAGACGACCCCUUGAAGAGAACCAAACUACCGUCGUAUAACAUCCAGCAUAUACGUAUUUGCACGAAGCCAAGGAGAAAAUUUUGCAACGGAAAGUGCUCUUGUAAUAUGUGAAAUGCUCCCGGUACGAAUCCACUUUACACAUCCAUGUCGCUUGAAAUGUUCGUGACACCCUGUCGGCUGCGCUGGUGGCGAACGGUGGAGCUUGCGCCCUGGCGAAUCUUUACGUUCCCUUGGUAGCCCCUAGACGGCAGUGGUGUGUCGGGUUAACGUUGUACCCCUGGCCCCUCCGAGGCCACCCCCAGCCACCGAUUGAACCGGUGAACCGGAGUCGAAGCAACCCCCAGCUAAGCCCUCGAGAGGCAGUCGUGAGCUUGGUGCCGAGCUGGGGCGAUGCUCGUCGCUCGCGUGUGCUUCGCGAUUGCACCGAGUGCUCGCCAUUCCGUGUCGUUACGCGCGUCGUUCGUCCCGUAUCGACAUCGUCGCGGUCGAUCGUCAUCGUCGCCGCCCUCGACCUCAUCUUCGUAUCCAUUCUCCUCGUCGUCGUUGUCACGGUUCACGUCGUUGUUCCCGAGGCUGCUGCCGCAACGAGGCCCGACGGUGCAACGACCGUGCGACCAUCGGACAGCCGCACGUGAGCACGGCUCUGGAUUCAACGCGAGAUGAGAAGAAACGUCUGACAAAACGGAUCGCAAAGGCAUGGCCAGCAGCACGGAGGAUUACGGGUCGGAAUUACAGGAGCUGCAGUGGGGCGGUGGUAGCGGGUCGCACUUCCUGCGCAGCGGCACUCACUUCCUGAGAAGCGGCACCGGUGGUUGCUACGAAGCUGAGGAUUUAGAGUCAACCAGCAGGCAUCAUGGUGGUCAACACAGGGGAUAUUAUAGCCCUCCGGGUACGAGUUACACGAUCGUCGAGAGACCACCGAGUGCUCCUCAUCACCAUUCCUCGCACACCACACCGUAUAGGCACAGGGGACACACCACUGGAGGCUCUGGUGCUAUUUCGCCGGAACAGGUGCUUAGACUUUUUGGAAAUGGCGUGUCCGAGCGUCGACAGGGAGAUAGGAGAACGCCGGCGUCUUCGCCAGCGAGUGUCGCCGCUGUUCGAAGCACGCCAUCGUCAACGUCCCAGCAGCAACAACAAUCGCAGCAGUCGCAACAAUCGCAGCCGAAUCCCGCGAAUCCUCCGACAUCACCGAGCUCUCAGCCAUUGAGUUUGCAGGAGCUCACCGUAAGGACAAUCACCAUGACGAGAGAUCCACCGGACUCUCACCAUGGCUUUGGAAUCUGCGUGAAGGGUGGCAAGGACGCAGGUGAGAUCCGAAGUACCUUCAGGCUACCUCCAUCGCCGUACUUCGCGCCUCAAGAUCGAGGGGUGGGUGUCUACAUUUCGAGGGUGGAGGAGGGUUCGGUGGCCGAACGUGCUGGACUCAGGCCAGGAGACACCAUCUUGGAGGUGAACGGCACACCCUUCCGGGCGGUGACCCACGAGGAGGCCCUCAAAAUGCUGAAAUCAUGCAGAACCUUAAGUAUGACAGUGCGGGGGCCAGCGUUGGAUCCCCGAUGUAGAGGUGGGCAUCCGGUGUGGUCUUCUUCCGGUCGCCAGCAGUCCUGCAGCUGGAUCGACCGUCAAGGUCGUCCAACAUCACCACCUCCGCUUUAUCCACCUCGAGACUCGAGGUACGGUCCAAGGACGAGGAAGGUCGAGCUCUGCAUCGAACCCGGUCAGUCCCUUGGUCUGAUGAUCAGGGGUGGCCUUGAGUACGGCCUUGGGAUUUAUGUGACCGGGGUCGACAAGGACAGCGUAGCUGACCGAGCUGGACUCUUGGUAGGUGACCAAAUUAUCGAAGUAAAUGGACAAAACUUCGAGGAAGCAACACACGACGAGGCAGUGGAAAUUCUGAAGACGAACAAAAGAAUGACUCUGUUGAUUCGCGAUGUCGGAAAAGUGCCACAUUCUUGCACCACGAGUCAACCCAUCGUCAUGCCAACCUCUAGGUAUCCUGAACACGACCCUCUGCUCCUAGAAAGUCCAGGAAAUCAUCGACCACCGAGUCCUACCAUUGCGAGCGAUUGGAGGCACAGAGGCGGUAUGCACACGGUUUCUGCCGCGACAGCAGCGAUGGUGGAAGAAAAGGCGAGGGUGGUUCUCGCGAGAAGCGAGAGGGCUGCACUUUCUCAGCUGCUGGCUGAUUAUAGGACGCGUCGAAUGACGAUCGAGGAGCUGGUUGUCAAUUUAGGUGACCUGCUGAACACCCAUGAGAAACUAACUCUUCUAACCGAGCUGAGAGAACUCGUCGACAGCAAAGACAGAGCUGCUUUCGACGAUUUGGUUUACAGGCCUCGGGUAGCCAUGGCAAGGAGAAAAGGUGACCGUGCCCACUCGGAUUUAAUAGUGACGCCAUCGCUACACGAUCUUCCGAGGGGUGUGCCCAGUGGUUGUUGCCGUCCAGGACGACUGGUGGACGUCGAGGGAGAUCCUCUAGGAGUAACAGGACCUCUUCUGCCGCGGGAUAACCAGGAAUAUAGAUCGCCCAGCGAGGACAGCGGUCUCGGGGCCGACAUGCCCAGGACCAGAGUGGGCUGUAGAAGGACGCAGCAGCACCAAGUGACGACCUCCGAUCUCGCCCUCUCCAACGACGACGAGUGCGACAACCAGGUACAGAAAAUUGUUCGAGAAAAAGCAAUAUCGUCGGUGCUCGACCCUCUUAGACGAAGCGUUUGUCCAUUCCAGAGAAUGUUCCCGAUCGCUGUCGAUGAACGCGAUAAAAGGGAUGUUUGUCGGUUUCUUUUGCAGGACUACGAGGACGAGCUGGAGAACGGACGUGGACGAAGGCACAGCUCGCCUGGUGGAUCACGAGGCAACCCUAGGGAUUACGGCCAUCAUCAUCUUCAUCCGGAUAAUUUGGAGAGCGACGGUGGUUGCGAUGGUAGCGACGCCGAGAUGAUCGGUAAUGGGAGACGCGGAGGCGGAACGGAAAGGGAUCGCGAUAUGGAGGAGGAUGAGGACGAAGGAAGGGAGGAAAGGAGCUCAGAGGGUGGAGGUGGUGGAGGUUUCGGUGGUUGGAGGUCCCACUUGCUCGGUGGGCUGACGCAACGUGUCAAAUCCUGGUACUGGGGCGCCAGGCCCCUCGAACUCGCGCACAAGCUCUCACGAAGCUUCGACAUGCAAGAAGCUCAGCUCCUCGAAGAGGGUGGCUCUGGUGCAGCUACUGCCGGGGCUGGGGGUGCCGGUGGUCCACCACGAAGGCAUCACAGUGCUCAAAGGUUGACUAGAAGCGAAAUGUCGGAGAGAAGAGAAGAAGAUGGCGCCCUUGUGGUCCCUGAUCAUCAGGGUAACCUGAGAAUCACUGUUAAGAAAACCAAGUCGAUUUUAGGUAUUGCCAUCGAGGGCGGUGCCAACACCAAACAUCCACUGCCCAGAAUCAUCAAUAUACAUGAUAAUGGAGCAGCGUACGAGGCCGGUGGUCUUGAGGUCGGUCAGUUGAUCCUAGAAGUCGACGGUCACAAGGUCGAAGGUCUCCAUCAUCAGGAGGUAGCUAGGCUGAUCGCAGAGUCGUUCGCGAGACGAGAUCGCAACGAGAUCGAGUUCCUGGUAGUCGAGGCAAAGAAGAGCAAUCUGGAGCCGAAACCGACGGCUCUGAUAUUCCUGGAAGCGUAGCAGGAAUCUCCCACCUCCGAGCCGGAACCACCGUAGCCCAACGUGACCAGAGCUCGGCCCGCGACAUACUUGGAGCGUCGUAGACGCUGAACCGUCUGUUGAAGCUGAAGAGACCGAUGAAACGAGGAAAUCGAUCAUGAAGCUCGUCGAUCGACAAAUGUAACGAAGACAAAUAGACGAAGAGAGAAAAGAAGACGAGCUUGCCUCUUCAUCUUCAUCGAACGCUCUCGAUUCGACGGUCGAGCUCUUAGUCAGGUGCUAACUGAACCUGGCCCUGGUGGUGGGAAUUUUUCAAGAAGAAAAUACAAAGAGUAAAAAGAAGGAAAGAUAAAGAAGCGCCACGAACAGAGGAUGGGUUAGGCGGCGAGUGAAGCUCGAUUAGCGAGUCAAUGGGAUGAUAAUUACACGAUCGUCGACACUAUCGUGGCUGCCCUCGUUGCUGACGAGCCAGGCUAUCGAAAGCUUCUAAUCCUUCGGCUCUCCAACUUUUUCGAUCCAAGAAGCCGUUUGAUAAGAACAAAUAUUGUCAAAGUUUGCGACGAGGAAUAAAAGUAUAGACGAUCCGGUGACAAAACACAGGAGUACAAAAGAGAUAUGGUUUGAAGAGACUAUGUAAGAGAGACACUUUGAGUGUGAGGAUGAUGUUAAAUGAGAGAAGAAAGGUUGACUGUGCCAAACUAUUAGGGAUUGUUUCGUGUAUACUAAUUAUGAUACUCUUAAUCGUAACGAGAUUCAAUCAGAGACUCUGCCAAGGCAAGAGAUUCACGAAUAUGUGAGUAGCAAAAUCGUGCGAUCCUGAGUGACGAACUUGUGUUUAACGGACACGAUCACAAAAGCUGUUCACGUGCAUGGGUCGAACGUAUCAAGAGUACGAGGCAAUGAGAUUAUGCGAGACAUGUGAUGAUUAAGUAAAAUGCGUUUUCCAGGAUCCUGGCCGAUGUCAUCGAUCAGGAUUUUCGUUGAUGCAGUUCCUCAAGGGCUUAUUUAGUGGUACCGUGAUGACAAUCCGUUUAACUAUCUUUUAAACGUCUGAGAAAGAUGCUUUUUCCAGCUACCACGCAAUUGUUUCAAGUUUUAAAUGUCUAAUUUCAAAGUUCAAAUUUUUUAUUUCAAAUUUUGAAUAAUUAUGAAAAUAAUUGUCAUGUAUUUCUAAAUCUAUCGAAUCACAGCCUGUUAAAAACCUUCGACUACGGAUCCACAAAACUCUAUUUUUGCAUAAAAUCUAGAUAAUCGUAUAAGCAAGUAAUUCGUACUUAAGAGAAUCCAACAGGCGGCGAGGAAAAGGUGACGAGGAACAAAAUCGACGGAAGUCCUAACCGAGUGGAGCCUGAGAUUAACAUAGACUUAUUAUGGGAAUUGUUGAGGCUUAACAAGAUAUGUUAUAUAUACAUAUAUAUUAUAUGAUAAUAUUAUUAUUGACUAUCGUAGUGGAAUUGUAAACUUGUACCUACCCGAUCACACCUCGAGCGCGCACACGGACUUCCGGUUACUGGUGCGCGCUGAGGCGGCACCGAGGAGUGCGCAGAAGGGAAAACUGAGAAGAUUCUAUAAGAAUAUGCGAAAUAUUUUCAACAAGUUUAAAUAAAUAUAGACACCGCGUACUUAGCAAUGGGCCUGAUCGUUCGAAUUUUUCGAGAGAUCGCGGACGAUCGCGCAUAGAAAAAAAAACAAAUUUCUUGAAAAAUCUGAAAAUUCUCGUGAUCGAAGGCGAAUGAAGAAAAUGAGAAAGGAAGGCAAAUUCUGCACUUUCUGGAAAAUUUGGAGAAAGCGUGAAACGAACAACACGCGAUCACGAGAUCAUAAACGUUUGUUUGCAUAGUGGAUCACGUGGAAAUUAUUUUAGAAUCACGUUCGCGUGAGCGACGAUUCCUUCAAUUCGUACGCGCGCCACGCUUGGAAAACUCGAGGCUGUAUUUUUCAUACACAGAUUUCAUGCCUUCUCACCUCACCUUGUUCACGUGGAUCACGUCGUUUAGGCAUUUUUUUACGAUGAAUCAUAGACACGAUGACGAGAAGAAUUUUCUAAAUGAUACAUUUGUAUCGCCUUAUUGUAAUUGAUGUCUCGAACUUUUCGAUCGUUGUGCACGAUCACGUUGAUUUUCGUCGCUGUGUAAUUUGGAAAAAGAGAGAAGCAACUUGUUGUAUCUACGCGAGUUAGAACAGCGGUUCCUAUUAAUUUCGUUGAAAGAUCUUUCGAUCUUUCUUGGGCAAAAUCUUCUUUGGGUAAAUAACUUGUUCGUACAAUUUAGAGAGUUUUGUUUAAUUCAUUUUAUUAAGUAAGGAGAAAGUAGAAUUCGUACGUGUUUCUGUUCUUCCGGAUCGUUUUACAAAGCACAGAGAAUUAAAUUUCAAAUUAAGUAGAAAGUUCGAUUUUCUUUCGUGAGUUGAAAGAAUAUUUGCUUUGUGGGACUGCUUCGUUAGUGUCGACAAACCGUUUUUCGCUAACUAUUUAUAACGUAAUUGUUACCGCAAUAAUUACAUUUAAACGAGUAGUAGUUACUAAUUAUCAAUUCGUGAGUAUAAACGUAGCGACUGUUGUUGUAAAAGUAAAUGGUUAUCGAUACGUCUUGUUUAAUAUCUCUACCUGUUAUCAAGUUAAACGUAAUUUUACGAAUAGUAGUGUGUAUACGUUGAAUGUCGACGAGUCCACAAGUCGUUCUAUCGAAUGCCGAUGAUCGUCCGCGAUCUUGCUCGCUUUAACAAAAAAUGAUAAAAAAAGAUAAAAAGAUGCAAAAAAAAAAAUAAAACGUGAAAAAAAUACCGCGCAAGCUUAAGUAGUAAAUUAUCGCGUAUAUGUAACGAAACAGCCGAAUCGGGACGCAGGCCAAUGAGAGAAAGCGAGAAACGAUUCGACGAAAGCCACUGACGGUUCAAAGAUUCGCGUUUAAUCAAAUUCCAAUGGAGUUUUUCGAUAAUGUCGUAUCGCGAAUAUAAACUUAUUGUCAGAGUUUAUGUCAUAGAAUUGCUGUUUUAUAAUAACAUCUAGUCAAAUAAGGUAAUAUAUCGUUUAAAUAAUAAUUCUAGAAAUAUUUCAUUUAAAUAAUACGUAAGCCCUUUUAUCUAAUUUAAUUCUUUGCAUUACUUAAUCUAGAAGGCUAAUUUUCGAUAAAAAUUCUCAAUAAAGUAUUUAGAUAAUAUUACUUUUAUCCGAAACGAUCAAGCUAUACUAUUACGAUAUAAACACUUUUACAUUUGCAUUAAUUUUUAAACAUUAAAAGAAGGUAGAGAGCGAAUGGAAUUUUUUGAUCGUCAGUGCGCUAACCAAGAAAGCACGUUUCAAAACAGUAAUGUACCUGGACGCGUGUACGACGUAUUCCGGUAAAUGUGCCAAAGAGAAGAAAAAGCUACACGGAGAAGAAGAAAGAAAAGGAAGAGAAAAGCAGAAGAGAGAAGAGCGUUAGCGUGGAAUUCGAGCGCGGAAAGCGGGAAAGUUGUGCAUACAAUUACAAGCGCAAAAUGCAAAACAAGACGGAAACUAUUACGAGUGGACGAUCGAGAGAAGAAAAGAAACCGCAAAGAAAAAACGAAGAGGAAGGUUUUUCGUAGCUGGUGUGCACUCGAGUUGUUUUCUUCGUUGUUGCUUUGUAACGCAAGGAUGCAAUUGCACCGUUUGUCGCGAACAAGCCACGGGAUUAAGAAACACGAGAAAUAGAAACGAAAAGGUGAAUAAGAUGGGAAAUAAAAGAACAAAGAUAGGAACGAUAGGUAAAACGCGGCUAGUUGCUAUUCGGCUAAGCAAACAGACAAAACUAAAAAAUACCUCGUGUGUUAGUGUUUCUUCCUGUUUUCGAAGCGAAUUUUUCUAACGAAGCAUCCAAAAUAAAUUCGACGUCCCGGAUAAAGAACAAGGAGUAAAAGAGGAAGAACGAACGAUGGAAAAAAAAGCAUGGAAGGAAAAAUCACUAUGGAAAGUGGGACAAGAAAUGAAAAGAAACGAAAGAAAGAAGGAGAUGAUAUUUUUGUAAAAGCCUUCGAUGUAUAACGCAAUCACCGGAGCGAUUCGAAGAUCUCAGCUGACAUAUCCGACAAUGCCUUACCGCUUUGAUGAAACGAUGAAAGAAACAAGAAAAAACGAAUGGGUUCGUGAAAGCGACGCGAACCGAUCACGAUCGAGGAAAAUGUUCGUUGGAACUUCCCAUUGAUCAGCGUCAGUGGAUACAGUACGGUGCGAAGCAAUUGGCACACACAGCAUUGGCUAUUCGAUCUUUCGAUUUUGCUUAACGAUCGGACACAGAGCGGAGCGACGCUGAUAAUCUUUCUGGUUGAAGAGUUAUGUAAAGCAGAAAAGUGGGAAAAACUGGUUCUAUCGGGCUCGGUUCGAAACGGAGAGCGUUGUUUAUAAAUGUACGCUGGAAUCGGUAUUCCUAUUUUUUAAACUGGUGCAAGUAAUCUUAAAAAAUGAAAGAAACGUUUACUCGAUAUUUGGAAUAUACGAAGGAUGAUAUUUGUCAGAGUUUAAACGUAUUUUUUGCUUCUCGCGAGAAUAAAAUAAAUGGCAAUCGAUUUGGAAAUGAAUUAUCCAGGUAUUUUGAUUAAAUGUUCGGAGAGGAACCUGUAAAUCUAGACGUAAGAAAAUUUACAAGAGUCUUUUCUCUUUUCGUUUCAUUUAAAUACAUUCAACUGAAAAAGUUAUCAGUAAGUUUCUCCAUCAUCGAAUUGCAACAAAAAUAUAUCAAAACUAUGAUACAAUAGGAAUGAAAGGAAAUAUCUAUCGUUUAAAGACUGCCAAACUGUUGCAAUUAACCACGUAAUUACAUUAACAGCUUCAUUAUCUUGCACGAUGUAUGCUUCACGGUCGCUGAUCCUCCGAUCCCAUCGAGACAAGAAGAGAAAACAGAUUCGUCGCUAGCUAUUUUUCCACACACAAGUUCCCUUUAUUCCACAGCAGACGAAGGUUUCGAACGUUUCAAGAAAAAUACUGUCGCUCUCGGUCGAUCGCUUCUCAAUUUUUCGAAAAAUAUCAACUACUGUAAACGGAGAGACAGAGAGAGAAAGAGAGAGAGAGAAAGAGAGGCAAUCUAUCGUAUCAAUGUGCCAUCGUGAUUCCCCUUCGAUCAAUGAUAAUCGCUGAUAUAAUAUAUUGACUGUCGAUGAUACUUUUGGUUCGAUUAUAAAUUCAUUUCAAGGGAUGGAAGUUUCGUGCGUUGAAAUAAAUUUUAAUGAACACGAUUUCUAUAUGAAAAUCAGAUUAAUCGCGAGACGAUUGACCACCUUUCUCCAAUGAAAACUGUUUUCUCUGAGAAAAUCGGAAACCGAUUUUCUUUACCACGAGCUCGAGCGUUCGCGUUUAGUCUGGCGUUAAAGUCUCCGCUUUAAUUACGUUUCUCUCGCCGCUUUCGUCGUUUCUUUCUUUAAUAAAAAAAUUUAAUAAUUUAUUACUUCUUAUUAGUUAACGUUUAUAAUUAGAAACCGCAUUAUAAUAUCGAUUUCUUCAAAUUUGAGGAAUAGAAGAGAUGUUAAGAAGUUGAAAAUUAUUCUAUUGGAGUCAAGUGAUCGGAAAGACGGUGAUUAUUUAUUUUAAGAAAUUGCUUCAGCGAAUAACCAGAACUAGGUGCCUUAACGAAAUAAUUCUUUCCGUUUUUCCUUCUAAUUUCGCAAAACAAUUAUAUCUACUUAAGACUUAUAAAGCUACGUAUACACUUAAAAUUGCCUCGGAUGAAAGAAAAUGAAUUCCAAAGAUUCAAGCGAUGUCCUACGACCAACAAACACACGACGAGACGAUUAGUCUACGAUCGAUGUCAAUUAAUUAACCCUUUGAACUUCAAUGGCGACGUUUCUUAUAUACCUUUCAUCGACACAAAACGAAAAUGAGCAGAAAGCUGUACUGUACAAAUAAAUUCACCUUCGAUUUCAAUAAAUUUCACUGUAAAAAUGCGCCGAAGUUGUGUGUCGAUCGAAUUAAAAAAAUAUUCGAAGUGCAAAGGGUUAAAGUUCGAAGGGGAAACGACAAAACGAUCGAGCGAUCAAUCGCGAUAGAAGAGAAUAAUUAGACGAAGACGAAGAGAUUGCGUCCGCUAAACCCGAGAUUAUCUUAAAUAAUAGCGUUAGCUCCCACAGGACACAAAAAGCAUGCUACGAAGUCAGAAAAGAAAGAGCGUAAUCUAGCAGAGAGCGAUUUAUUUUUUCAACGACAAACGAGAAAAGAGAAUCAAACCUGAGAGAUAAACACGGACUCGUACCACGUUAAAACCUGUCCAGCUUUCGCACGUUCACCAUCCGCAAACUUGCUUUUUCUCGAUCGACCGUGGAACCGUGGGUGCGAGCGAGCAUUGAAAUCGAUCCUCUGGUCGGUGAUCGAGAUCGAUCGUACGAUGAAAGGCGAACCAGGGAUUUCGAACGUUUCGAAGAGGAAGCACGUGACUUCGCUCCAGGAAAUACUACUUCCAUUUCUUGCGAUCGAUGGUGAUUGAAAGGAGGAAAAAUCGAUUGAGAAAUUGGAUUAGAUAUAAAAAUUCAGGAAUUGCAUUCAGCUUUAAUUCCGUUAGAAAACGUGUUUGAAUGGAAGUCGAAGAAAUAAGAAUCUUCCACUCGAAACAAAUAUCAGCUCGAUUCUUACUGUCAAACGAUUUCUGCUAUUCAAAAUUUCAUCGAGACAGUGUAUAGAAAAUUCCUAAUUGUCGGGUAUUUGGAAUGUUCUGUCUGUCGGAUAUUACAGCAAAAUUCUUCGAGACAAAAAUUUCGCAUCCGCGAUCAACGAUCUUAAAUACGAUCGAUACUGAAUGUUAAGAAAUUCUUAAUGUCAUAAACUUUAUCAAACGUUACAAAAGUCUGUCUUGCAACGAAAUACUUUAAGAGAAAAAGCUAGCAUCCACGAUACCACGUCGCCUCAGUCUCGAGAGUCGAUCGACGAACGUAAUUCGCGUGAAAUCUUUAGCUUAAGCUUCGUACACAUCCUCGUAAUCGAACGUCAAGAUAAACGAGCGAGAAGAUUGAAAAAAGAAGAGGAUCCACAGGGGACGGUUCGCUUGACGAAUGAAGAAUAAAAUCGAAACAUUAUGCAAAAGCGAGUUGACAAUAGUCGACGGCGGAUAAAAGGGCUAAUCGAAUUGUAAAGCAGAUGUAACUGUACUCGUAACGUUUCAAGGAACACUCUGUACAUAAGCAAACCGCUCGUUCAUACCGCAUUUCAUAGAUCAUCCUUUUUGCAGCCGAUUUCGUACACCUUUAGAGACACAUACACACGUACGUUCUACACAUACAGAGACCAAACAAAUUCACACGACUGUGUAACACAUAACAACAACACGAAGAAUCGUUCCAAAGGAUGAAAACGACGAGGCUCGUCGCGUUAAUUAACGACCCGUCGAUUAAUACGCUCAUCGUCGUGGAACGGAGAUAGAAGAGAUCGCACGUAUGAAAUUGUUACACCAGUAACAUGUAUACAAUGAUACAUUGCGCGUAUACAGGGUGUAAAAGAAAUAUGUGCCACGAUCUUAUCGUAUUCGGCUCGUUGUGCAACCAUAUUGUGGAAAAUAAUUAGAUUUCUAGGUCUGUUUUCUUUUUCCUAUUUUUAGAACGAAGUAUGGAAAAUUUGUAACUUUGACAGUAGAUGUGCUUCGCCUUAGAAUCGAUGGAAACUCGUGUCAAGUAAUAAAUUGCUAGUUGCAUGGCACAUACGAUUAGCCGAUAAAAGCUUAAUAAAUUGAUUGCAAGGUUGAUAAGAUUGGUUUCGUUCUUUAAUGAGACGAUACUGGAGUUUUGUGUGUCGCUGAACAACACGCAACAAAUUUUUGAAUCUUCCAGUUAGUUGGAAUUUGUAGAUCUAUUUGCCUUAGUAAAAUUCUUCUUUAAAUCUCUGCUUCUUUAUUUGAUUUAAAUAGUAAGUUGAAGGAACAUUAUCAAACGAUUCUUUUACACCCUGCGUAUACGAAUACACGACUACACGAUACAUUCACGGACACGCGUAGAAUAAAUGUAAAAGGACAAAAGGAAAUUCAUCGUUUCUCCGAGUGUAACGCGCGCGACCAUAUUGUUUGAUUAUUGUUAAAAAAACGCAGACGCUUUAAUUGUUUGUUCGAAUUGUUGUUGUUCAUUAUUGUUACCGUUGUCAUUAUUAUCGUCGUUGGAUGUCGCGUAACGUGAUUACGAUCACCAUUCAGCCUGUCGAUUUGUCCUUUUUUGCGUGCCGUUAUUAUUAUUAUAGUCAUUACGUUAUGAUUACGACCGUGUAUAUUAUUAUUAUUAUUAUUAUUAUUAUUAUUAUUAUUAUUAACAUCAUAACCGCGACGAUGACGAUUAUUAUUGUAAUUGAAUAAAACGUUCACCACGAGAGGU